AUUCAAGUUUCACAUGAACUGAAUUAGCAUAAAGGCAAAAUCCGAAAUUUGUCAAUAAAAAUUAGUAACUUUCCAUAUUUUUAUCAAAAAAUCCAACAAAAAUGGGUGGCCUCGUGAGCAUGUUUCGCGGAUUAUUCGGUUCAAAAGAAAUGCGAAUUUUGAUAUUAGGACUCGACGGCGCAGGAAAAACAACAAUUUUAUACAGAUUGCAGGUCGGCGAAGUAGUUACGACAAUCCCGACGAUCGGCUUCAACGUAGAACAAGUCACGUAUAAAAAUCUCAAGUUCCAAGUGUGGGAUUUGGGCGGACAAACGAGUAUCAGACCUUAUUGGCGAUGUUACUACAGCAAUACAGAUGCGAUAAUUUACGUCGUUGAUAGUGCCGACAAAGAUCGAAUAGGGAUCUCGAAGGACGAGUUGCUCUAUAUGCUGCGCGAAGAGGAGCUGGCCGGUGCAAUUUUAGUCGUUUUAGCGAAUAAGCAAGACAUGGAAGGGUGUUUGAGUGUCGCGGAAGUGCAUCAGGCGCUCGGACUUGAUCAACUGAAAAAUAGAACGUUCCAGAUAUUUAAGACAUCAGCUACGAAGGGCGAAGGACUCGACAGUGCCAUGGAUUGGCUGGCAAAUGCACUACAAGCAAGGAAAUAGUGAGGCAACUACCAAACUAGACAAAUAAUAACCGAAAAAUUUGUACAGUCCCCCCAUGUUGCAUCUUCAUUUGCCCCGAUUCGCAUGAAAAUUACCGUAAAAUUAAUUCUAAUCUAAACAAAUAUAAUAUAAAAAUUAUUUUUUACCACAAAUGGACUGCUAUUUCGCUCGCGAGCACAUUUUUUUCCAAAAAUUCGUUUGAAAAGGAUGCCUCUUCUUGCAUUUAAUUAAGUUUUUGAGUUCUCGUCCUGUCUAAAUAUAGCGUUUGUAUAUUGAAUUUGAGUUAAUAGACUUAAAAUAACGAAAAAAUGAGAUAAUUUAUAAAAAAAAAGAAAUUGAAAAAAAGUACAUUGAUAAAAAAAUGAAAGAGUAAAAAAUAAGACCAAGUGUAU